GGACGAAGAAGCCUGGUAGAGUUAAGAUGGCGGAGUGUGGGUGAGGAGGUAGCACAUCAAAGCUCUGGUUUUCUUUCCCCGUAGCAUAAUUCUGUGAAAGCACACUGUCAUAGAUAAUUAACGUUAGAAAUUAAGAAAACAUUUCCUCCUCCUUCGCACAUAUUUGUCUAAUUUGGAAUUGAACUCAUGACGUCUAUUCACUUCGUGGUUCACCCGUUGCCCGGGACCGAGGACCAGCUCAAUGACAGAUUACGUGAGGUCUCGGAAAAACUCAACAAAUACAACUGUAACAGUCACCCCCCUCUCAGUGUGUUGGAACAGGCCACUAUUAAGCAGUGUGUGGUUGGACCAAACCAUGCCGGCUUUCUCCUUGAGGAUGGGCGGAUCUGCAGGAUCGGAUUUGCGGUGCAGCCGGACAGACUGGAGCUGGGGAAACCGGACAGCAGCGAUGGUUCAAAGUUGAGCAGUGGUUCAGGGACAGGAAGGACCCCCAGGCCAGGCAGGACUAGUGAUCCGCCCUGGUUCCUGUCUGGUUCUGACACACUGGGCAGACUGGCAGGCAGCACCCUUGGGAGCCGCUGGAGCUCUGGAGCCAAUGGCGGAGGCGGCGGCAGCAGCGGCGGAGCAGGUGGCGGUGGGGGAGGGGGAGGCAGCGGGGGAGGCGGCGGCAGCGGGGGCGCCAGCGGCGGUGGAGGUGGCGGGAGGUCUUCCGCCGCUGCCCGGGACUCCCGGAGGCAGACCAGAGUGAUCCGGACGGGGAGGGAGCGCGGCACGGGGCUCCUGGGCAGCCAGCCCCAACCCGUCAUCCCCGCCUCCGUCAUCCCAGAGGAGCUCAUCUCUCAGGCUCAGGUGGUUCUUCAGGGGAAAUCGAGGAGCGUCAUCAUCCGCGAACUCCAGCGCACCAACCUGGACGUCAACCUGGCCGUCAACAACCUGCUGAGCAGGGACGACGAGGACGGCGACGACGGUGACGACACGGCCAGCGAGUCCUAUCUGCCCGGAGAGGACUUGAUGUCGCUGCUGGAUGCUGAUAUCCACUCCGCCCACCCCAGCGUCAUCAUCGACGCCGACGCCAUGUUCUCCGAGGACAUCAGCUAUUUUGGAUACCCGUCCUUCCGCCGCUCGUCCCUGUCCCGGCUGGGCUCGUCGCGAGUUCUCCUUCUUCCCCUAGAGCGGGACUCGGAGCUGUUGCGCGAGCGCGAGUCUGUGUUGAGGUUGCGCGAGCGCCGCUGGCUCGACGGGGCCUCUUUUGACGCCGAGCGCGGCUCCACCAGCAGGGACGGCGAGCCCGGCCCGGACCGGAAGAGCCCCCCCACGCAGAGCCCCGUCUCCCUGGGGGAGGAGCUGCAGUGGUGGCCCGACAAGGACGGCACCAAGUUUGUGAGCAUCGGCGCUCUGUACUCUGAGCUGGUGGCGGUCAGCUCUAAAGGAGAGCUCUAUCAGUGGAAGUGGAAUGAGCCUGAACCCUACAGAAACGCACAGAACCCUGCCAUUCACCACCCACGGACCUCCUUCCUGGGACUGACCAAUGAGAGGAUCACCCUCCUGUCCGCCAAUAGCAUCAGAGCCACCGUCGCCACGGAGACCAACAAGGUGGCGACGUGGGUGGACGACACCCUGAACACGGUGGCGGCGAAGCUGGAGCACGGUGCCCAGGCGUUCGCCGAACUGCAGGGCGAGCGGGUGGUGUCCCUGCACUGCUGCGCCCUUUACACCUGCGCUCAGCUGGAGAGCGGCCUCUACUGGUGGGGCGUCGUGCCUUUCAGUCUGCGGAAGAAGAUGCUGGAAAAGGCCAGGGCCAAGAACAAGAAGCCAAAGUCCAACGGCAGCAUCUCCUCCCUCCCCAACAUCACGGUGGGGACCCAGGUGUGCCUGAGGAACAACCCCCUGUACCACGCGGGCGCGGUGGCCUUCUCGGUCAGCGGCGGCGUCCCCAAAGUGGGGACGCUCCUGGACUCGGUGUGGAACAUGAAUGACAGCUGCAGGUUCCAGCUGCGCUCGCUGGAGAGCCUGAAGAGCCUGGACAAGGCCGGCAAGACCCAGGAGACCAAGACGGAGAGCAAGCCUGAGCUGGUGAAGACUGAGAUGGGGCCCCCACCCUCUCCCGCCUCCACCUGCAGCGACACCUCCUCCAUCGCCAGCAGUGCCUCUCUGCCCUACAAGCGGCGGCGCUCUACCCCCGCCCCCAAAGAGGAGGAGAAAGUCAACGAAGAGCAGUGGCCUCUUCGGGAGGUGGUGUUUGUGGAGGACAUUAAAAAUGUCCCUGUGGGAAAGGUGCUAAAAGUCGAUGGUGCGUAUGUUGCUGUGAAAUUUCCAGGGACGUCGAGCAGCGUGAGCAGCCAGAGCGCAGCUCCCUCUGACUCUGACCCGUCCUCACUGCUGCAGGACUGCAGGCUGCUCAGAAUAGAUGAGCUGCAGGUUGUAAAAACAGGUGGAACUCCAAAAGUUCCAGAUUGCUUCCAGCGCACCCCUAAAAAACUCUGUAUCCCUGAAAAAGCUGAAAUAUUGGCUGUGAAUGUUGACUCCAAAGGAGUUCACGCAGUGCUUAAGACAGGAAGCUGGGUCAGGUACUGUGUCUUUGACCUGGCCACCGGCAAGGCCGAGCAGGAGAAUAACUUCCCCACCAGCAGCCUGGCCUUCCUGGGCCAGAGCGAGCACAACGUGGCCAUCUUCACCGCGGGACAGGAAUCCCCCGUGGUCCUCCGAGAUGGAAACGGGACUAUUUAUCCAAUGGCGAAAGACUGCAUGGGCGGGAUUAGGGACCCUGACUGGCUGGAUCUGCCGCCCAUCUCCAGUCUGGGCAUGGGAGUGCACUCGCUCGCCAACGUGUCCUCCAGCUCCACCAUCAAAAAGAAGGCUGCCGUUAUCAUCAUGGCGGUCGAGAAGCAGACGCUGAUGCAGCAGGUGCUGCGCUGCGACUACGAGGCGUGCCGGCUGCACCUGGCCAGCCUGGAGCAGGCCGUCCUGCUGGAGCAGAGCCCCCGCGCCCUCAGCGCCCUGCUGGGCCACCGCUGCGACGGCAACCGCAACAUCCUGCACGCCGCCGUCUCCGUCUGCUUCCCCGUCAACAACAAGGAGACCAAGGAGGAGGAGGAAGCCGAGCGGUCCGAGCGGAACACGUUCGCCGAGAGGCUGUCGGCCGUGGAGGCCAUCGCCAACGCCAUCUCUGUGGUCUCCAGCAACAGCUCGGGGAACAGGACCGGCUCUUCUGGCAGCCGCGGCCUCCGCCUCCGGGAGAUGAUGAGGCGGUCCCUCAGGGCCGCUGGGCUGGGCCGCCAUGAGUCAGGCCCCGCCUCCAGCGACCACCAGGACCCCGUGUCCCCGCCCAUCGCCCCGCCCAGCUGGGUGCCUGACCCUCCGCCCAUGGAUCCAGACGGUGAUAUCGAUUUCAUCCUGGCCCCUGCUGUGGGUUCGCUCACUACUACAUCACCAGGGACAGGCCAGGGGCCCAGCACCUCCACCAUACCAGGCCCGUCGUCCGAACCCUCGGUGGUGGAGUCCAAAGACCGGAAGGCCAACGCCCACCUGAUCCUGAAGCUGAUGUGCGACAGCGUCAUCCUCCGGCCCUACCUGCGGGAGCUGCUGUCCGCCAAGUACGCCGCCCGCGGUAUGACCCCCUUCAUGCUGGCCGUCAGCGGGCGGGCCUACCCCGCCGCCAUCACCGUGCUGGAGGCCGCUCAGAAAAUAGCCAAAGGCGACCCCGCCGUCGGCGAGAAGGACGACUCGGACUCCGCCUUCAUGGAAAUGAUCUGCCCCCCGGGGACCAACCCCGACGACUCGCCCCUCUACGUGCUCUGCUGCAACGACACCUGCAGCUUCACCUGGACGGGGGCCGAGCACAUCAACCAGGACAUUUUCGAGUGCCGGACGUGCGGCCUGCUGGAGUCGCUGUGCUGCUGCACGGAGUGCGCCAGGGUCUGCCACAAGGGUCACGACUGCAAGCUUAAGAGAACCUCUCCCACGGCCUACUGCGACUGCUGGGAGAAGUGCAAGUGCAAGACCCUGAUCGCUGGACAGAAGUCCGCUCGCCUCGACCUGCUCUACAGGCUGCUGACCACCACUAACCUGGUGACCACGCCCAAUAGCAGGGGGGAGCACAUCCUGCUGUUUCUGGUCCAGACGGUGGCCAGGCAGAGCGUGGAGCACUGCCAGUACCGGCCGCCACGGAUCCGCGAGGACAGGAACCGCAAGGCUGCCAGUGCGGAAGACUCAGACAUGCCGGACCACGACCUGGAGCCCCCCCGCUUCGCUCAGCUGGCCCUGGAGCGCGUGCUGCAGGACUGGAACGCCCUCCGAUCCAUGAUCAUGUUCGGCUCGCAGGAGAACAAAGACCCGCUGAGCGCCAGCAGCCGGAUCGGGCACCUCCUCCCCGAGGAGCAGGUGUACCUCAGCCAGCAGAGCGGCACCAUCCGCCUGGACUGCUUCACCCACUGCCUCAUCGUCAAGUGCGCCCCCGACAUCACGUUCAUUGACACGCUGCUGGGGACACUAGUGAAGGAGCUGCAGAAUAAGUACACGCCGGGCCGGAGAGAGGAGGCCAUCAACGUCACCAUGAGGUUCCUCCGCUCUGUGGCCCGGGUCUUCGUCAUCCUCAGCGUGGAGAUGGCCUCAUCCAAGAAGAAAAAUAACUUCAUCCCCCAGCCCAUCGGGAAGUGCCGGCGGGUGUUCCAGGCGCUGCUGCCGUACGCGGUGGAGGAGCUGUGCAACGUGGCCGAGUCGCUCAUCGUGCCCGUGCGCAUGGGCGUGGCCCGCCCCACCGCGCCCUUCACCCUGGCCAGCACCAGCAUCGACGCCGUGCAGGGCAGCGAGGAGCUCUUCUCCGUCGAGCCCCUGCCGCCCCGGCCCUCCCCCGACCAGUCCAGCAGCUCCAGCCAGUCCACCUUCUCCUACAUCAUGAGGAACCCGCCGCCCCGCCACAGCGGCCAGUCGCAGCCCGCCCGCGGCCGGGACGAGGAGCAGGACGACAUCGUUUCCGCCGAUGUUGAGGAGGUGGAGGUGGUGGAGGGUGUUACCGGGGAGGAGGAUCACCAUGACGACCAUGAGGAGCCGGGGGAGGAGAACGUGGAGACAGAGGGCCAGCACGAUGAGCAUGAUGAGGAUGGCAGUGACAUGGAGCUGGACCUGCUGGCAGCCGCGGAGACCGAGAGUGACAGUGAGAGUAACCAUAGCAACCAGGAUAACGCCAGUGGCCGGAGGAGUGUGGUUACUGCGGCGACGGCUGGCUCUGAAGCAGGUGCCAGCAGUGUCCCUGCCUUCUUUUCAGAGGACGACUCCCAGUCCAACGACUCGAGCGACUCGGACAGCAGCAGCAGCCAGAGCGACGAGGCGGACCAGGAGACCGUCCUGCUGGACGAGCCUCUGGAGCGCGCCUCGGGCGCCUCGCAGGCCGGCGGCGCCGCCCAGGCCCCGCGCUCCAUGCAGUGGGCCGUGCGCAGCACCCCCAGCCAGAGGGCCGCCGGCACCGCCCCCUCCAGCUCCUCCACCCCUGUGGCGAGCUCCACCGGGCUGAUCUACAUCGACCCGUCUAACCUGCGGCGGAGCGGGGCCAUCAGCACCAGCGCGGCGGCGGCGGCGGCGGCCCUGGAGGCCAGCAGCUCCAGCAGCUACCUGACCUCGGCCAGCAGCUUGGCGCGCGCCUACAGCAUCGUCACCCGCCAGAUCUCCGACCUCAUGGGCCUCAUCCCCAAAUACAACCACCUGGUGUACUCCCAGUACCCCGCCGCCGUCAAGCUCUCCUACCAGGACGCUGUCAACCUGCAGAACUACGUGGAGGAGAAGCUGAUCCCCACCUGGAACUGGAUGGUGUCCAUCAUGGACUCCACGGAGGCUCAGCUGCGCUACGGCUCGGCCCUGUCCUCCGCCGGCGACCCGGGGCACCCCAGCCACCCGCUGCACGCCUCGCAGCACUCGGGCCGGCGGGAGCGCGUCACCGCCCGGGAGGAGGCCAGCCUGCGCAGCCUGGAGGGGCGGAGGCGUGCGGCCACGCUGCUCAGCGCGCGGCAGGGCAUGCUGUCGGCCCGCGGGGACUUCCUGAACUACGCCCUCUCGCUGAUGCGCUCCCACAACGACGAGCACUCGGACGUGCUGCCCGUGCUGGACGUGUGCUCGCUCAAGCACGUGGCCUACGUCUUCCAGGCCCUCAUCUACUGGAUCAAGGCCAUGAACCAGCAGACCACCCUGGAGACGCCGCAGAUCGACAGGAAGAGACCACGAGAGAUUCUGGAGCUGGGUCUGGACAACAACGAGGACUCUGAGCACGAGAACGACGAGGACACCAAUCAGAGCUCCAACUCCAGACAAGACGAGCCCGUCCUGCCGGACGGCAGACCACGCUUUCGCCACUCGACCUUCCUGGGCUGCAUCCCCCCGAACCCCUUCGAGGUUCCCCUGGCUGAGGCCAUCCCGCUGGCGGACCAGCCGCACCUGUUACAGCCAAACGCAAGGAAGGAGGACCUGUUUGGGAGGCCCAGUCAGGGACUGUACUCCUCUUCAUUCAGUGCCAGCAAAGGCCUUACCGAGGUGACCGUGGACAGGAACUGCCUGGAGAUCCUGCCCACUAAGAUGUCGUACUCGGCCAACAUGAGGAACGUGAUGAGCAUGCAGUCCCAGCGGAAGGCCGGGGAGGACGCGGGUGUGGGCGUGGCCGAGCCGGAGCCCGAGGUGCCUAAGCCCGGCCCCUCCGCCCAGGACCUGGCGGCCCAGCUCAAGAGCAGCCUGCUGGCCGAGAUCGGGCUGGCCGAGAGCGAGGGGCCGCCGCUCCCCUCCUUCAGGCCUCACUGCAGUUUCAUGGGCAUGUUGAUCUCCCAUGACAUGCUGCUGGGGCGCUGGCGCCUCUCUCUGGAGCUCUUCGGCCGCGUGUUCAUGGAGGACGUGGGGGCGGAGCCCGGAUCCAUCCUGACGGAGCUGGGCGGCUUCGAGGUGAAGGAGUCCAAGUUCCGGCGGGAGAUGGAGAAGCUGCGCAACCAGCAGUCGCGGGACCUGGCGCUGGAGGUGGAGCGCGACCGCGAGCAGCUCAUCCAGCAGACCAUGCGGCAGCUCAACGCGCACUUCGGCCGCCGCUGCGCCACCACGCCCAUGGCCGUGCACCGCGUCAAGGUCACCUUCAAGGACGAGCCGGGCGAGGGCAGCGGCGUGUCGCGCAGCUUCUACACCGCCGUCGCCCAGGCCUUCCUCUCCGGCGACAAGCUGCCCAACCUGGACUGCGUGCAGAGCGCCGCCAAGGGCAUGCAGGCCAGCAAUCUGAUGCAGCGUCUGCGGAACAGAGACCGAGAGAGAGAGAGGAGGAGCGGAGGCCUGAGGGCGGGGUCUCGCAGGGACAGGGACAGGGAUUCGAGGAGACAGCUGUCCGUCGACACCCGGCCCUUUAGGCCCGCCUCUGAAGGGAACCCCAGCGAGGAGCCGGACCCGCUGCCGGCCCACAGGCAGGCCCUGGGCGAGAGGCUGUACCCCAGGGUGCACACCAUGCAGCCGGCCUUCGCCAGUAAGAUCACAGGCAUGCUGCUGGAACUGUCCCCCGCCCAGCUGCUGCUGCUCCUGGCCAGCGAGGACUCCCUCAGGGCCCGGGUGGAGGAGGCCAUGGAGCUCAUUAUCGCACACGGAAGGGAAAAUGGGGCAAAUAGUAUACUAGACCUCGGCAUGCUGGACUCUUCCGAUAAAUCGCAGCAGCAGGAGAACCGUAAGCGGCACGGCUCCACCCGCAGCGUGGUGGACAUGGAGCUGGACGACCCCGACGACGGAGACGACAACGCCCCCCUCUUCUACCAGCCGGGCAAGAGGGGCUUCUACUCGCCCCGGCCCGGCAAGAACACGGAGGCCCGGCUCAACUGCUUCCGCAACAUCGGCCGGAUACUUGGGCUAUGCCUGCUUCAGAAUGAACUGUGUCCCAUAACCUUGAACAGACACGUAAUCAAGGUUCUACUUGGAAGAAAGGUGAACUGGCACGACUUUGCGUUCUUCGACCCGGUGACGUACGAGAGUUUGCGGCAGCUUUUCCGCCACGCCCAGACCGGCGAGGCCGAGGCGGUCUUCGCCCAGAUGGAGCUGGCCUUCGCCAUCGACCUCUGCAAAGAGGAGGGCGCCGGGCAGGUGGAGCUCCUGUCUGGCGGUGUGAAUAUGCCGGUGACGCCGCUGAACGUGUACGAGUACGUGAGGAAGUAUGCGGAGCACCGCAUGCUGGUGGUGGCCGAGCAGCCUCUGCACGCCAUGAGGAAGGGCCUGUUGGACGUGCUUCCAAAAAAUUCUCUUGAGGACCUAACGGCAGAGGACUUCAGGCUGCUGGUCAACGGCUGUGGAGAGGUCAAUGUGCAGAUGCUCAUCAGCUUUACUUCCUUCAACGACGAAUCAGGGGAAAAUGCAGAGAAGCUACUGCAGUUCAAGCGCUGGUUCUGGUCCAUCACCGAGAAGAUGAGCAUGACCGAGAGACAAGAUCUGGUCUACUUCUGGACCUCUAGCCCGUCUUUGCCGGCCAGUGAGGAGGGUUUCCAGCCCAUGCCCUCCAUCACUAUUCGCCCUCCGGACGACCAGCACCUCCCCACCGCCAACACCUGCAUCUCCCGCCUCUACGUGCCACUCUACUCUUCCAAACAGAUUCUCAAGCAGAAACUUUUACUAGCCAUUAAGACCAAGAACUUUGGUUUCGUGUAGAGGUUGACCGAAGGAAAAAAAAAAAAAACGUGUUUACUGUUGUGUAAUAUUGCUAGUUCCAUUUUUUUGUAGAUUUAUUUUUUUGUCUAUACAGUUUUAUUAAAUUAAAAAAAAAACAAUUUGUUAUUCCUGGUGGUAAUUUUUGUCUGCAUUGUAAAAUGCAGGCAGUUUGUUCUCAUUUUAUUUUCAGUUUUCUGAGGAGAGAUACAUUCCUACAUUGGGUUUGUAAUGCUGAACCCCCAUAGCUCUCUGCUGUACCAGCUUGAACUGUACCUUCCCAGGAAUUUGGCCAGACAGUAUAAACUGACAGCCAAACCCCAGCCAAAGAUGACAGCAGAAGUAAUAAUAAUUGAUUGCUACACUGUGAGUAUUGUUUUUUGCCCAAAACAGAAUACUUAAUAUCACUGAAAGUUCACUGCUGCCUUUGUGAAAAGUAAUUUUUCUUGAAUAGGGGGGUAGGGGGUAAUUUCAAAAAUAAAAUUGGAUGUAGAAUAUAAAUUUGGGCUCUUCCUGGUCUCUUGUAGUUGAAAAUUCAAAGACUUCACUGCAAAUAGGUUUAUAAGGAUUUAAGUCAUUUUAGCCACAAUUUUUAUGUGGGGAUUUUAUUUACAAUUCACAAAAUGAAUACUUAAAGGGAACAGAAGGAUAACUUGCAAUGUGGAAAAGUCCAUAUGGCAGGGUAUAGAUACUUUUUCUGGAAGAAAAUUUCUGUUUUGUGUUAUUGGUGUAUAGUUCAAAAUAAAUGCACAUAUUGUGUA